AUGAUAAAUACAAUCGGGACCAUUUUUUUGUUAUAUAUUUUUUUGAACAAGUAUUUUAUAUCAUGUGUAAAAAAAGAUCCUUAUGUUCUUUCUUUUAUCAUAAACAAUGAUAAAUGUUUUAGAUUCAUAACAAAUAGAACUCGCAGACUAUAUAAAGCAAGAGAAAAAAUUAAAUACGAAGAAGUUGUUACACAAAAGGAUAUCUCAAAUAUAAACACAGUUGUGUUAGCUCUAUUAGAAUAUAAAAAAUUACACAAUAAUUUAAACAUUCCAAAGAAUUACAUUCUUAAUGUUGAAGACAAUGAAAAUUUAAAGAAUUUUAAACUGUGGAAAAAAUUACAAGAUAUUAAAAAUGAAAAGAGUGACAAAAAAAAAAAGUACAUUUAUUUUAUUUUAAAAAAAAUGGAAUUCCCUGUAGAAACCAUAUUUAAUGAAGAUGAGAUACAAAAUUAUGAAAUGGAAGAUGUUGAAAUAACAUCCAUGUCUAAAUUAUCAACUGAAGAAAAUAUGAAUUAUGAUAUUGACGAAAGACAAGAAGUGCGCAAAGAAUUGUUCUCUCCAUAUAUUAAAAAAUCAAAAGAUAAAAAAACGGAAAAUGUAAAGGAUUUUUUGGCCCUAUAUAAAUUUGUACCUCAAAUAAAUGAACAGAGUUCCUUACCUAAACAUUCAAACAGAAGUGUUCGAAAAAAAGGCAUUCUCAAAUAUAUUUUGUAUGAUCUCAAAAAAGAUAAUAAUUUUAAUUUUCAAUAUAAUUACUACUACGACAAUAUAUACAAUAAUGUUAAGGACGAUGAAUUAAACGAUUACUUUAAUUUUUGUAUGAAAUAUAAAAAAAGCAAUCAAAAUUAUGAUUUGUAUGUUAAAGGAACACCAUCCUUUGGAGAUGAAGAAAGCAAGAAAGAAAAGAAAUUUUUUUUAUAUACUCGAAAGGAAAUUGAAGGGGCACAUUCUUAUGAUUUUGAUAAAUGGUCUUUUUCUGAUUUUAUAGAAGCCCUUGUAUUUUUCAAUGAUUUAUAUAUUGAUAUGAAUAAAGAAAAAUACGAAAGGUUCAAAGAAGAUGAAGAAAAUGAGAAAUUAGAUCUUAUAGACUUCAAUUCUAUAAAUUCAAAUUUUGUUAUUCCAAAUGACGAUUUAUGGCCAGUUGAAUGGCAUGACAUGCCAUUAGGUUCUUACAUUAAUCAAAUUAGAAUGGGAGAUAUCGAUGCAAAGUUUCAUUUUAUAAGAAGAAAUAUUUUAGACUAUUUAAUGUUUGAUUUCAAAACUCCAGAAUUUGAAAAUAAAUAUAUUAAUUUUACAUGGAGAAAGUUAUAUUUAGGAAUAGCAUGGUUUAUUCAUACAAGGGGCCAUCCCAUAGUUAUAUCGCCAUAUGAUAAAAUACAGUUUGAUGUUUUUCCUAUGGACUUUUGCAAACCCGAAGAAAUACAAGGUCUUUAUUUAGGAUAUUUAAUUGUUCAAGCUCAAGCUCACGAAAAAAUAUUUUGGAAUAAUUAUAGGGAUAGAUUUGAUUUUUUAAAAGGUCUUGAAAUUAAUAUAAGAAGUGCAGACGAUUUAAUAUUUUGA